CGCUAGCCCCUGACAGCCUCUUUGAGGCGUUCCGGGCUAAGGUACUUAUCUGUGAGAAAUAUAUCUCUGCCUUACUUGCAGGGGAGUCUUCGUCUUCCUCUUUCCUACAUCUUUGGCUUCCAAGUUCGAUUCAACUGUCGAAGUACAUCAUUUGAAUGCUUGUCCCUAUCGUACCAUCCUAUCGUUGUGGCAAUUAGAUUCCGUUGAACUGGCCGACUGGAUACUUCACUCCAUCGUAGCUUCCCUAUCCUUGUGGCACUUGACACAAGCGCUGUGCAUUUUGUUGUGGAGAUUGCAUCGGCUCUCGGAGUCUUGAGGCUAACUUGUCGGACCAAAUGCAUGCCAUCGGAGCUGAACGACCAGUUCAUUCUGGACCACUUGGCGGGCGCCGCGCUGAAAUCGCUAAAAUCGCCUUUGUUUCUCUUCCUCCUUCCCCCGUGUAUGCUGUCAUGUGUGGCCAUGGAUCCUCUCACGAUAUUCGGCGCCGCCGCCGCUUGCGCCCAACUCGCGACGCUCAUCACCCGUGUUACGUCUAACCUCAUUGCCCUGAAGGAUCGAUGGUCAGAAGGUGCACAGUCACUCCAGCUCCUGGUCACGAAACUCUCAACAUUCGGGCCACCCUGUCUCAAAUCAGCGAUUGAGCCAAAACUAGCCCGUUUACAAGUCCCAAUGGCGAAGAAAUGCGUGACAGCCUCGGUGUGGCCAUGGAAGGCUGCCAGGUCAUCAUCGAUGCCCUCGAUUGUGAUGUUGCGGGGCUGCUUGGUCAUGGUGAUUCCAUCGCUUCGCGCGUCAAACAGUUCUUCAUGGAGUCUACGAUCAAGGAUCACGAAGCGCGUCUCGAUUCCAAGAUCGUGGCUCUACACCUGCUCUUGAGUGCAGCCCACUGGUGCGUCUUGACCUUCAAGUCCAGGGA